UAGAUGGGUUACAGCUUUUGUCAGAUUUGACUUUUCGUAGCAGGUUAGGAUAAUUAGUUUAAUAUUAGGAAAAAGGUCAGAGUUAGCUAAAAUGCCCAAAUAAACACACGUUUGGCGUUAAUUUGACAAAAGCGGUAGCACUUCUAGCCAUGACCUCUUACUGGGUGAAAGGUGAUGAGAAGCGCUGUAUACACCACGAGCGGAGCAACAACACAAACUACCGCAAGCGCCUUCCUCUACAGUCUAGUCUAGAAAAUAGCUGCAACAUCAUUUUUAUUUUGAAUGGACGAACGAAACCAACUUUUCACAUAUCGGAAUUUGCAGAAUAUCGCAAAGUACUAAAGUGUUUGUGGGAUUAAACUGCUUCGAUCGGAUUGAAAACUGAAACGGACCUACAUUCGAGCCGUGAAAACAAUGCAACGGCCUCAGGGGCCAACUAUUUUAUAGCUAGCUAGUGCACUUGUUUCUGCAGUGACAUGACCAACCAGGUGUCAGAGUUCCCCACUGAGCGGACGUUCCAGUACCAGCAUAGCCUGCCUCCUCUCCCUGUACCGGCUCUAGAGGGGAGCCUCGCCAAGUACCUGGAUGCAGUGCGGCCGUUUGCUACAGAGGAGGAGUACCAUGUGACUGCAGCCGUAGUGAAGAGGUUUGGAGAGGGCAUCGGCAAAGAACUGCACCAAAAACUACUGCAGAGAGCCAGGCCACGCAGGAACUGGUUGGAGGAGUGGUGGUUGGAUGCAGCCUAUCUGGAAUUGCGUUACCCCUCCCAGUUGAAUGUGAACUUCGGAGGUCCUGCACCCUACCUAGAGCACUGCUGGCCCCCUACAGAGGGAGUACAGCUACAGAGGACCAGCAUAAGCAUGUGGCACACUCUACAGUACUGGGACCUGCUUCGCACGGAGAGGCUGGACCCUCAUAAAGCUGCUAAUGUGGUGUUGGAUAUGGACCAGUUCAGAAUGCUGUUCUGUACAUGUAAAGUUCCUGGAGUCACCAAGGAUACCAUCAUCAACUACUUUAAGACAGAGAGCGAGGGUCCAUGCCCCUCCCAUGUGGUGGUGAUGUGUAAGGGACGUUUCUUCUCGUUUGAUGCAGUCUGUGACGGACACAUUCUUACCCCUCCAGAGCUGCUCAGGCAGCUGACCCAUGUGAAGCAGUGUUGUGAGGGGGAGCCUGCAGGUGACGGAAUCGCCGCUCUCACCUCAGAGGAGAGGACACGCUGGGCUAAGGCCAGGGAGUAUCUGAUGGGUAUAGAUCCAGCCAAUAAGACCAUCUUAGAGACCAUCCAGAGCAGUCUGUUUGUGGUUUCACUGGACGAUGCUAAACCCUACGCUACUGCAGAGAACUACACACCAGUGUCCCUGGAGGUGCUGACAGGAGACCCCACCAUCCGCUGGGGAGACAAGUCCUACAACUCUAUCUCCUUCGCCGACGGAACCUUCGGAUCCAUCUGUGACCAUGCCCCAUUUGAAGGCAUGGUGCUGGUAACUCACUGUUACUAUGUGGAUCAGCAACUCAAAGCUGCAGACGGCAAGUGGAAGGGCUCUGAGACGGUGCGGCCUAUGCCUCUUCCUGAAGAGUUGGUCUUCACUGUGGAUGACAGAGUCAGGAGUGACGUUGCACAUGCCAAGCAACAGUACUUCGAGACUACUCAGGACUUGCAGGUGGUGUGUUAUGCAUUCACCUCGUUUGGGAAAGCAGCCAUCAAACAGAGGAAGCUCCACCCAGACACCUUCAUACAACUGGCCCUUCAACUGGCUUAUUACAGACAGCAUGGGAGGUUAGGUAGUUGCUAUGAGACAGCGAUGACCAGAAGGUUCUACCACGGCAGGACUGAGACCAUGAGGCCCUGUACCCUGGAGGCACAGAACUGGUGCCAUACCAUGCUCUUCCCUGCAGCCAGCGCUGAGGCUAAGAGGAAAGCCCUGCUGCUGGCCUUCAACAAGCACAACAAACUGAUGGCUGAGGCACAGAACGGAAAAGGUUUUGACAGACAUCUCCUGGGCCUUUACCUGAUCGCCAAGGAGGAGGGACUUCCUAUGCCAGACCUUUUCACUGAUCCACUGUAUUCUAAGAGUGGCGGGGGCGGUAACUUUACCCUGUCCACCAGUCUGGCUGGCUACACCACAGUUCAUGGGGUGGGCGCUCCCAUGGUUCACCAUGGCUACGGGUUCUUCUACCGCAUCAAUGAGGACAGGAUCGUGGCUUCCUGUACGGCGUGGAAGUCCAGUCCAGAGACGGAUGCAGAGACACUGUUCCAGAACCUGGUUACCUCCCUACAUGAGAUGCUACAUCUCGCUACCACAGCGCAGCUUUAACACACACGCGCACGCGCACAGAGUUUCUAGAUGCCAGCCAAUAAUAACCGUUUAAUAUUGUCCAGAUCAAUGCAAAGGCAUUGUAACAAUGUGGCAGGUAGCCUAGAAGUUAGAAUUAGGCCAGUUCCUGAAAGGUUGCUAGUUUGAUUCCCCGAGCCAAUAAAUCUUUCGAUGUGCCCUUGAGCAAGCCUCUUAACCCUAAUUGCUCCUUUGCCAUGACCCUACUCUCCAGGGUUGUCUCGGGGGGAGUUGGGAUAUGCAAAAAAUACAUUUCCAAUGUGAAAUAGGACAAGUAUAAGCACCCACCAAAUUAUUAUUACAAUGCAGCCCUUGAUUGUUUUCUUAAUGUUUACAAAAAAUACAUUAUUUGUUUAAAUGCAGCUCAACAAAUGUGUUUAUUUUGCACUUUAAUUCAUGUAAUUCUCUGUAAUUUUGUGCAGCAGCUAGAUUGGGAAUUUCCUGUUUUAAAAUGUAUUGAUUGAACUUCCUACCAUGAUUCCACAAAUUCAGGUAAUGCCUCCUUGUUUGCUUCUGAUUCGUUCCUAGUGAAUAUGACUCAAGACUAAGAGCAGGAAACGUCCCCUGGCACUAGAAUGAGUUAUACCAUAGAGAUACAGUUGAAGUCAGAAGUUUACAUACACUUAGGUUGGAGUCAUUAAAUCUUGUUUUUCUACCACUCCACAAAUUUCUUGUUAACAAACUAUAGUUUUGGCAAGUCGGUUAGGACAUCUACUUUGUGCAUGACACAAGUAAUUUUUCCAACAAUUCUUUACAGACAGAUUAUUUAACUUAUAAUUCACUGUAUCACAAUUCCAGUGGGUCAGAAGUUCACAUACACUAAUUUGACUGUGCCUUUAAACAGCUUGGAAAAUUCCUGAAAAUUAUGUCAUGGCUUUAGAAGCUUCUGAUAGGCUAAUUGACAUCAUUUGAGCCAAUUGGAGGUGUACCUGUGGAUCUAUUUCAAGUCCUAUCUUCAAACUCACUGCCUCUUUGCUUGACAUUGUGUGUAAAUCAAGCGAAAUCAGCCAAGACCUCAGAAAAAAUAAUUGUAGACCUCCACAAGUCUGGUUCAUACUUGGGAGCAAUUUCCAAACGCCUGAAGGUACCACGUUCAUCUGUACAAACAAUAGUAUGAAGUAUAAACACCAUGGGACCACACAGCCAUCAUACUUCUCAGGAAGGAGACGUGUUCUGUCUCCUAGAGAUGAACGUACUAUGGUGCGAAAAGUGCAAAUCAAUCCCAGAACAACAGCAAAGGACCUUGUGAAGAUGCUGGAGGAAACAGGUACAAAAGUAUCUAUAUCAACAGGAAAAUGACUCCUAUAUCGACAUAACCUGAAAGGCCGCUCACCAAGGAAGAAGCCACUGCUCCAAAACCGCCAUUAAAAAAGCCAGACUACCGUUUGCAACUGCACAUGGGGACAAAGAUCGUACUUUUUGGAGAAAUGUCCUCUGGUCUGAUGAAACAAAACUAGAACUGCUUGGCCAUAAUGACCAUGUUUGGAGGAAAAAGGGGAAGGCUUGCAAGCCGAAGAACACCAUCCCAACUGUGAAGCACGGGGGUGACAACAUCAUGUUGUGGGGGUGCUUUGCUGCAGGAGGGACUGGUGCACUUCACAAAAUAGAUGGCAUCAUGAGGCAGGACAAUUAUGUGGAUAUAUUGAAGCAACAUCUCAAGACAUCAGUCGGAAAGUUAAAGCUUGGUCGCAAAUGGGUCUUCCAAAUGGACAAUGACCCCACGCAUACUUCCAAAGUUUUGGAAAAAGGGCUUAAGGACAACAAAGUCAAGGUAUUGGAGUGGCCAUCACAAAGUCCUGACCUCAAUCCUAUAGAAAAUGUGAGGGCAGAACUGAAAAAGCCUGUGUGAGCAAGGAGGCCUACAAACCUGACUCAGUUACACCAGCUCUGUCAUGAGGAAUUUUCAAAAAUUCACCCAAUUUAUUGUGGGAAGCUUGUGAAAGGCUACCCAAAACGUUUUACCCAAGUUAAACCAUUUAAAGACAAUGCUACCAAAUUCUAAUUGAGUGUAUGUAAACUUCUGACCCACUGUGAUGAAAGAAAUAAAAGCUGAAAUAAAUCAUUCUUUCUACUAUUAUUCUGACAUUUCACCUUCUUAAAAUAAAGUGGUGAUCCUAACUGACCUAAGACAGAGAUUUCUUUACAAGGAUUAAAUGUCAGGAAUUGUGAAAACUGAGUUUAAAUGUAUUUGGCUAAGGUGUAUGUAAACUUCCGACUUCAACUGUAGAUAGAAGACUGUAGUGCCCAAAAGCCCAUUUCAGCAUGGGCAGUGUCAUUGAGGACUUCCUAUGGGCGGCAGGUAGCCUAGCUGUUAAGAGCAUUGGGCCAGUAACCGAAAGGUCGCUGGUUCAACUCCCCAAACCGAGUAGGUGAAAAAUGUGUCUGUGACUUUGAGCAAGGCACUUAACACUAAUUGCUCUUGUAACUCACUCUGGAUAAGAGCAUCUGCUCAAUGACUAAAAUGUAAAAAGGUAUGGGUUAAGGAAGGAUCACAUAAUUCCAUCAGGAUUAUACUCGUAAAUGAGACAUUCCAGAACUGCAGGUGGCAGUAUAUCGCAAACCUUUGGUUUAUAUCUGUUCAAACAUCUAGGUGGCAGUGUGCUAACCUGGGUACCAGUCUUUUUAGCUAACAUUCCAUUGCUUGACACUUCUGUCAUUUCUUCAAUCUUCAAAUAUGAACAUUAUAUCAUUCAUGAGCUCGAGGACAUCAGAGGAUUUGAUCCUGAUUCAAUAACCCUCAUAGUUAUCCUCCAAUCAAACGUUAUGCAAAUUUUGGAACUUUUUUCUACACAGAUCUUGGUGUCCUGUUGCUAAGCUAUGUUUUUUUUUGCUAGGUGUUAGCUCAAGUUGCUAACUUGAGUCUUAAAGGAUCUACAUGUACAAUUUUUGCAUUGUAAUUUCAUAAAAUGUCUAAUAUACCUGCAGUAAUAGUGGAA